AUGAAGCUUCCUCCUCCUAUGAGCCUAUGGGCAAUUUGGUCAUUUCUCCUUAUCUCUUCCAUUCACGCUCCAUGCUUCUUCGGAUCUGCCGCUCACUUCUCCAACGAAACAGAUCGCCUUGCUUUGCUACACUUGAAACAUCUGACAACUGACGAUCCUCUCCAUUCCUUGAGUUCAUGGAACCAUACUCUCCACUUCUGUCACUGGCAAGGUGUCACAUGCGGUGGUCGCCGUCAUCCUGAAAGGGUCACCGCCUUAAACCUCACUGGCCAGAAAUUGGUGGGUCCCAUAUCUACCUUCAUAGGGAACCUCUCCUCCCUCAGGAGAAUCGAUCUCUCAAACAACAGCUUCAACGGCCCAAUUCCUGAAGAGAUGGGCCGUUUGGUCCGCUUGCGGCUUCUUAGUCUGUACAACAAUACAUUCAACGGAGAAAAUCCUGCAGAUCUGACCCACUGUUCUGAACUCAAAGUCCUUUUGGUUUUCCGGAACCGGCUUGCAGGGAGGAUUCCAACUGAGCUUGGCUCUCUAUUGAAGCUCUCCAAAUUGGACCUUGGUCAUAACAGUCUUACAGGAAGCAUCCCACCUUCACUUGGAAACCUUUCGUUUCUCACUUACCUUUUUCUUUCAGUAAACAGCCUGGAGGGCAGCAUCCCAGAUGACCUUGGUCGGUUGGCAAACUUAGAGAAGCUUUUAAUUUCUCAAAAUGAAGUGUCAGGUAGGAUUCCGACCCAGCUAUACAAUCUCUCCUCUAUUAUCAUUUUGGACGUGGGAUUGAACAGAUUGCAUGGAAAUCUUCCUCCCAACUUAGGCCUCAUUCUUCCUAAUCUCCAAGAACUUUACUUGGUCGAAAACCAAUUCACAGGACCCAUACCAGUUUCAUUAUCCAAUGCUUCUGGACUUGUAGUUAUUGAACUUGAAGACAAUAGCUUUAGCGGAUCCGUGCCUAUGAAUUUUGGAAGCCUCAAGGGUACUCUGUCCAAGUUACGAUUGUGGGCAAUAAACUUGGAGUUGGGAAAGGUCGUGACUUGA